GCGGAAGUCCGGUACAUUCAGACUAGCUUGAUCUUUUGCACUUGGAAGAUGUCUGCGGAGAAGGAAGGAGAUACUUUGUGCUUCUUUAUCAACGGGAAAAAGGUGACGGUGAGCCAUGCGGACCCAGAAACCACGCUGCUGUCCUUCCUCCGAGAGGAGCUCAGGUUAACAGGGACCAAGUCUGCCUGCGGGGGCGGAGGCUGCGGGGCGUGCACCGUCAUGGUGUCGCGCUACCGGCCCGCCACCAAGACCAUCACACACUACUCGGCCAACGCCUGCCUGCUGCCGCUCUGCCAGCUGCACGGGGCCGCCGUCACCACGGUGGAGGGCGUGGGCAGCACCCGGACCAGGAUCCACCCGGUGCAGGAGCGGCUAGCCAAGGCUCACGGCUCCCAGUGCGGCUUCUGCUCCCCGGGGAUGGUGAUGUCGGUCUACACGCUGCUGAGGAACCGGCCCCAGCCCACCAUGGACGACAUCACACUCGCCCUGCAGGGUAAUCUGUGUCGCUGUACUGGGUACCGACCCAUCGUUGACGGCUGCAGGACCUUCUGUCAGGAAGCAGACUGUUGCCAAGCCAACGGCGCCGGAGGCUGCUGCCGCGACGGAGAGGAAACUCUCGAGGAAACCCAGCGUCUCUUGGGGGCAACAUCAUGAGUGCGUACCCCAACUCGGACCUGAACCCCGUCUUGGCUGCUGGGAACUGCAAAGUCAGCGUCAUUUCAAGCGGAGGAAGACGGGAGGUUCCUCUGAACCGAGACUUCUUUGUGAGCUUUGGAAAAACCACCCUGAAGCCGGAGGAGAUCGUUGUGUCCGUCUUCAUUCCCUUCUCCAGAAAGGGGGAGAUAGUCCGAGCUUACCGCCAGGCUCCGAGGAAGGAGAGCUCCUUCUCCACGGUGACCACCGGGAUGAGAGUGUUUUUCUCGGAGGGCUCCCGCCUGGUUCAGGACGUCAGCAUUUACUACGGAGGAAUGGGACCCACCACCGUCAGCGCCACCCGAACCUGCACCGCCAUCGCCACACGGCCCUGGGACGACGAGACCCUCCGCCGGGCCUACGACGUCCUCCUGGAGGAGUUGGUCCUCCCUCCGUCGGCCCCGGGAGGAAAGGUGGAGUUUCGUCGCUCCCUGACGCUCAGCUUUCUCUUUAAAUUUAACCUGGACGUCCUGCAGAGACUCCGAGAAAUGAAUGUGAUUACAGAGGAGCGUCCUGAGACGAUGCAGAUCCAACCGUUACCCAGGGAGAUCCAACCCGGCCUGCAGGAGUUCCAGUAUGUACCAAAGGACCAGAAGGACCAGGACCCGGUGGGGCGUCCCAUCAUGCAUCGCUCUGCCAUCAGCCAGGCCACAGGGGAGGCCGUGUACUGUGACGACAUCCCCCGGACAGACGGAGAGCUCUUCCUGGCUGUGGUUACCAGCUCUCGGGCGCACGCCAACAUCACAGGGCUGGAUGUGAGCGAGACUCUGCGGCUUCCCGGGGUUGUCGACGUCAUCACGGCCAAAGAUGUUCCCGGGCAGAAAAGUCGCAAAAUGUUCGGUUAUGAAGAGGCGCUGUUCGCCGAGACCGAGGUGUCGUGCGUCGGCCAGAUGGUAUGUGCGGUGGUCGCUGACACGAGGGCGCACGCCAGACGAGGAGCAGCCGCCGUGAAGAUUGGCUACGAAGACCUGCCGGAGCCGCUGUUCACCGUAGAGGAAGCCAGCGAGAAGUCGUCCUUCUUCGAGCCUCGGAGGGUGAUUGAGAGAGGAAAUGUGGCCCAAGCCUUUCAAACUGUGGAUCACGUUCAUGAAGGAGAGUUUCGGAUGGGCGGUCAGGAGCAUUUCUACAUGGAGACCCAGAGCAUGCUGGUAGUUCCUGUUGGCGAGGAGACGGAGUUCAACGCUUACGUCUCCACCCAGUGGCCGACGGGAACUCAGGAUGCAAUCGCGGAGGCGUUGGGCGUUCCGUCCAACAGAGUCACCUGUCACGUCAAAAGAAUAGGCGGAGCUUUUGGCGGGAAACUCAUUAAAACGGCGACGCUGGCUUGCAUUACCGCUGUGGCUGCGUGGAAGACCAAUCGUGCGGUCCGCUGUGUCUUGGAGCGAGGAGAGGACAUGUUAAUCAGCGGCGCCCGUCACCCCGUCCUGGGAAAAUACAAAGUGGGUUUCAUGAAUGAUGGAAGGAUCAUGGCUGCAGACGUGCAGUACUACACCAACGCUGGCAACACUGUGGAUGAAUCUCCUCUGGUGGUGGAGAAGAUUCUGCUCCACAUCGACAACGCCUACAACAUCCCCAACCUGCGAGGCCGCGGCGCCGCCUGCCGGACCAACCUGCCCUCCAACACCGCCUUCAGGGGGUUCGGCGUGCCCCAGAGCAUCAUGGUCGUGGAGAACAUGCUCAAUGACGUUGCCAUGGUGCUGGGACGCCCCGCAGACCAGAUCCGGGAGAUCAACAUGUACCAGGGUCCGUCCGUCACCCACUACGGGUUGGAGUUCAGCCCGGAGAACCUGCGGCGCUGCUGGGACGAGUGUAAGGAAAAGAGCGACUACGCCGCGCGCCGCCGAGCCGUCGAGCGGUUUAACCAGGACAACCGCUGGAAGAAGAGAGGGACGGCCAUCGUACCCAUCAAAUACGGGAUCGCAUUCGCAGAGAGCUUCUUAAACCAGGCUGCAGCUCUGGUCCACGUCUACAAGGACGGCUCCGUUCUGGUCUCUCACGGCGGGACGGAGAUGGGACAGGGACUCCACACUAAAAUGCAACAGGUGGCGAGUCGGGAGCUUGGUGUCCCCCCCUCUAAGAUCUACAUCAGCGAGACCAGCACCAACACGGUUCCCAACACCUGCCCGUCGGCCGCCUCCUUCGGCACCGACGCUAACGGCAUGGCGGUCCAGAACGCCUGCCAGACUCUGUACCAGCGGUUGGAGCCAAUCAGGCAGAAGAACCCCAAAGGAUCAUGGGAGAGUUGGGUCAAAGCAGCAUUUUUUGACAAAAUCAGUUUAUCAGCAACUGGAUUCUACAGAGGCCCGGACCUUUACAUGGACUGGGACAAGAUGGCGGGGCGGCCCUACGCGUACUUCACAUUCGGAGCAUGUUUCUGCGAGGUGGAGCUGGACUGCCUCACAGGAGACUACAGGACGGUGAAGACGGACAUCGUGAUGGACAUCGGUAGGAGUGUGAACCCCUCCAUGGACAUCGGCCAGAUUGAGGGAGCGUUCAUGCAGGGUUUGGGUCUCUACACUCUGGAGGAGUUGAAGUUUUCCCCCUCCGGGCUCCUGUACACUCGCGGCCCGUCUCAGUAUAAGAUCCCCGCGGUCUGCGACGUGCCGCUUCGCUUCAACGUCUAUCUGCUGCCGGACUCCCACAACCCCCACGCCAUCUACUCCUCAAAGGGUAUUGGAGAACCCGCCCUCUUCCUGGGCAGUUCCGUGUUCUUCGCCAUCAAGGACGCCGUGGCGGCAGCCCGCUCCGAGUCCGGUUUCGUGGGCCCGUUUCCCCUGGACAGCCCCGCGACUCCGGAGAGGGCCUGUCUGGCCUGUGCCUCCCCGUUCACCCAGAAGAUUCCAGUCAGCACACCGGGAUCUCUCAAACCGUGGGCCUUAAACAUCUAAAACAUCUAAAAGAGAAUGUUAAGUAAUCAAACUAAAGCUUGACUGAUUGUCACUAACAAUAAUGAACCAAUAAUGAACUUUAUACUCUACAUGAAUGCAUGAAUGAAUGAAUGAAUGAAUGAAGUGUUUCUUUCCGUCCAGGCCACUAGAAGCACAUGCUUCAACAUAAACCCUGGCAGACUGCAAUCAAUUAUGGUACAAAUUAGCUUUUUGAUUUAAUAACACAUGUAUUUCACUGUUUUUGCUCCGGCUAUACCACUAUAUCAUUUCAGUAAUUAA